UGGUUUCCUAAGUAUGGCAUGACUCCCCUGAUUCAUGCAGCCUAUAAGGGCAAGGCGGACAUGUGUCGUCUGCUGCUGCUGCAUGGGGCCAACGUCAACUGCAACCAGCACGAAUACGGAUACACUGCUCUCAUGUUUGCUGGCCUGUCAGGGAGGACAGAUAUCACCUCCAUGAUGCUGAAUGCAGGUGCAGAGACAACCCAAGUGAACUCUGUGGGUCGCACUGCGGCUCAGAUGGCAGCGUUUGUUGGCCAGCACGACUGUGUCACAGUGAUCAAUAACUUCUUCUCGCUCGCAAAGCUGGAGUUCUACACCAGGCCACAUGGGCUGGAGAGGGAGCCAAGGCUGCCCCCCACGCUGGCUGGGCCCCUGCACAGGAUCAUCAUGACCACCAACCUCAACCCGGUCAAGAUAGUCUUGCUGGUGAAGGAGAACCCUGUGCUGGUGAACGUGGCAGCUCUGGAGAAGUGUCACCAGGUGAUGGACUUGCUGUGUGAGCAGUGUGUGAAGCAGCAGGACAUGAACGAGGUCCUGGCGAUGAAGAUGCACUACAUCAGCUGUGUGCUCCAGAAAUGCCUGGCCUUCCUGCAAAAACGAGAUGACAAGCUGGACGCACUUGUCAAGAG